AAAGUACAUUCCUGUAAUCUGGUUGUGUUCAAUAGUUUUAAAAUUUUUAGACCAUGUUGCCAAGUUUUGUUGCCAUCAUAGCUGUGGUGUGGUUGGAAAAGCCAAACCAGAAAUGAGCAGAUCUAACUGUAAGCUACUUUGCAUGUUGUCAAUUGGCUAUAAAUUGCAGCAGUUACUGGCUCUAGCUACAUAAUCCAGGUAAGAGACUUGUGUAUUGCUGUAUCUAGCAACAGAUCUUCAUUGAAUAUCAGUGUUUUUGUAAAUCACUUCUACUAGCUACUUGGUAACAGUGCUGCUUUAGUUUUUCUAUGAAUCAUGUUCAAUGUGAUCUCUUAUUAAAUAAGGUGUAAGAAAAUGGAAUAUUAACUUCUCUUUUGAAUGUCAUUCGGAUAUUUACAGGUAUUAUUCAUCAGUCUUAAAACAGCACGUCUUGUUUCCUUGGAUUUUACUUUUAUCUGAAGAUUGGUGAGUCUCUAGUCUAGCAGGUUAAAUGCAGAACCUGAUGGAUGGCAAAAGCUACUGUAACCUCAUGGACAAGCUGUCUAUCUGUUCUGAGACUCAGCGCGUACAGCUGGCUAGGUCUUUCUGUGCUGACCCAGUGCUCACAUUUCACAUGUACCCAGAAACACCAAGCCAGGUCACUUGCUCUGGAGAUUUGUCAUUCCUUCCUUUCGUGUCUGAGCAUCUCAUCAUGGAGAAUUUCUACAGUGAGCCCUGUGCCUUUCCCUACCAAAUGCCCCAUUCCAAUUACCACAGAAGUGAGUACUCCUAUGGGACAGCAUUCAUCAGAAAGAGGAAUGAGAGGGAAAGGCAGAGGGUUAAAUGUGUCAAUGAAGGCUAUGCUAAACUGAGGCAUCACCUACCUAAGGAAUACUUGGAGAAACGGCUCAGCAAAGUAGAAACACUCCGUGCUGCUAUAAAAUACAUUAGCUACCUGCAGUCCAUUCUGUACAGUGAUUCUGUAGUGGUGGCAGAAAAAGGUGCCAUGGAGCCAGCACCUGUAGCAAUUAACAAACAAAAUCAGAUUUCAAAGACUAUCUGAACCAUUCCAAACCAAGCAAAUGGUAUCCUCUCUGGGAACCUACUGUAUUAUUAAUGAUGUGCAUGUUCCUGGCAUAUCUUAGAAGCAGAUCAUGGUGCGAGUCAGUAUAGGCCUUCACAAAAGAUUUUGAUUAUGCAGAAAGUAACUACACUUAGAUAUGAAAAAGACAGCUGAAGAAAUCUGAUCUGAAUGGCCUAAAUUAAUUAAUUUAUGGAAAUCACAAAGCAUUUAUAAAGUUGUCACCAAACCAAACAUGUAAUAACCUGUACAUGUGAAGUGACUGUAUGUGUCAUCACAACCUGUGCUUGAAAAUAAAAUGUUUCUGCUGAUGGGA